GAAGAAGAUUGUAGCCAUGUUAGUAGUAUUAUUGAUUUGGUGCCUAAUAGCCUUAUAUGUGCUAAUAAAGCGUCAUUAUUCGAAGUGGCAACGUCUGGGUUUUGCCACCGAUGAACCUCUAAUACCUUAUGGAUCCUUGACUAAACUCUCUAGGAAAGAACGUCACUUUGGCCUCAUCAUUGCCGAUUUGUAUGAGAAAUAUACGAAGGAUAAGGUGGUGGGCUUUUAUAUGUUCUUCAAGCCCACUCUAUUGGUGAGAGAUGCUGAAUUGGUGCGACAAAUUUUGACUACAGAUUUUGGAAGUUUCCAUGAUCGUGGUCUGUAUGUGGAUGAGAAGAAUGAUCCGUUAACAGCAAGUCUUUUCAACUUGGAGGGACAAUCAUGGCGUACUCUGCGUACCAAAUUGACGCCUUCAUUUUCUUCGGCAAAACUGAAGGCUAUGUUUGAGACUGUGGAUGCUGUGGGAGAUAAGAUGAUCAAAUAUUUGGGCAAAGAAUUGGAGGAUGGUCAGAGCCAUGACAUGGAAAUAAAACGAGUGACGACAAACUAUGCCAUCGAUAUUAUAGGUUCGGUUAUAUUUGGUCUGGACAUUGAUAGCUUCUCUAAUCCCAACAAUGAGUUUCGCAAACUAAGUGAACUUGUGGUGGGUAAUGAAGAAACGAACUUUUUAAGGCGUUUGCGCAAUCUCACGAGUUUUGUGAGUCCACCUGUGGCUAAAUUUUUAUCCUCAUUGGGAGUCAAAGAUUCCAUAUCCCAUCGUCUUAGAGACAUAGUCAGCCAUACCAUAGAGUAUCGUGAAAAGCAUGGAGUUAUACGCAAAGAUUUGUUGCAACUUUUAAUUCAGCUCAGAAAUACUGGCAAAAUAUCCGAAGAUAAUGAACGAGUCUGGAGUACGACGAAUGAGACGAAAGCGGAACAUUUUAAGAAGGCCAUGUCCAUAGACAUGAUUGCCGCAAAUUCGUUUCUAUUCUACAUGGCCGGCUCAGAGACGACAUCUGCCACCAUAUCAUUUACGCUCUAUGAAAUGGCCAUGUAUCCGGAUAUAUUCGCCAAAGCCCAAAACGAGGUGGAUGAGAUACUCGAAAGGUAUGGCCUUAAGCCAGAUGGACAUUUAACUUAUGAGGCCAUACAGGAUAUGAAGUAUUUGGAUUUGUGUGUUAAAGAAACUACUCGGAAAUAUCCUGCCUUGCCUUUCCUCAAUCGCCAAUGCACUAAGCAGUAUCAAGUGCCUGAAACGAAACUUGUCAUACCAGAAGGCACAGCUAUUAUAAUAUCCUUGUUGGGCAUGCAUCGUGAUCCUCAGUACUUUCCCAAUCCUCUUGAUUACAAACCGGAACGUUUUGGCGAAGACUCCAAAGAUUAUGAUGCUGUUGCCUAUAUGCCAUUUGGUGAUGGACCUAGACAUUGUGUGGCUCAACGCAUGGGUAUAGUAAACAGUAAAACUGCUCUAGUGAAAGUUUUGGCCAAUUUCAAUAUUGAACCAAUGCCACGUAAAGAAAUUGAAUUUGUCUUUCAUACUGCUCCGGUUUUAGUGCCGAAAGAUGGCUUAAACAUUCCUCUAUCGAAGAGAAAAUGAAGAAAAUGUGAAAACCAUUUAAUAUGCCCAUAGUUCAUAAGCAAAAUUGAAUAACAAUUAGUCAGUCAGCAUUGAAUAUUUUGGCUAUAUGAAGAUGAUAAAUUUGAAUACCCUACACUGAAAAAAAAAAUAAAAAUCAUUUCCAAUCACGAAA